UUUGAUCCGCCCCAGAGACCAGAAGCCCAACCAUGCUCUUUACCGGGUUCCUCCCCGUGUAGGCUCGGUAGCGAGCUACAGGGAGUCGCCCAGUUCCUGUUUUCCGAGUUGGAAUAGUUCCUCCCUCCGUCCUAACGCCUGUCAACCCAAAGGGAGUGAGUCUGUACCUCCAAAGACUGUCUCGCUGAGCCCUACUCUGCCCGACCCGGUCCGCGCCACAUCCCACAGCAGCCGCUGAGGAGGAAGAGUCCUGGAGCCAGCACAAGUGGGCCAAAGUUCAGGUGCGCGUCUCAACCCCAGUCUGCUGGAAUUGAAUCCCUUCUUGGACCUGCAGGGUUUGCAUCUGGAUUCAGGAGUUUCUGAGACCUCAAGAGAGGCAGGCUCCAAGCCUGCCAGAUCUGGGAGGGAAGCGCCUGAUUGACCAAGGUCCUAGGGGAUCUCUAAAGGUGCCCAGCUUCUGUUCAGCACCCAGUGAUGACCUGCCGAAGACUGGCCCUGGGCCUGGCAUUCCUGCUUGCUAGCAUAAGUCUCUGGGUCCUGUGGGGAUAUGUCGAGGACCUGCUGCUGGUCUCAUACGUGCCGUAUUACCUCCCCUGCCCAGAGUUCAACGUGAAGCUGCCGUUCAGGCGGGAGAAGCCAUUCCAGCCCAUGACACAGUUGCAGUACCCUCAGCCUAAGCUUCUAGAACACAGGCCCACAGAGCUGCUGACACUGACUCCCUGGCUGGCACCCAUCGUCUCCGAGGGAACCUUCGACCCACAACUUCUGCAGAAUAUGUACCAGCCGUUGAACCUGACCAUUGGAGUCACCGUGUUCGCCGUGGGGAAGUACACCUGCUUCAUUCGGCCUUUCCUGGAGUCAGCUGAAAAGUUCUUUAUGCGUGGGUACCAAGUACACUACUACCUCUUUACCCACGACCCCGCAGCCGUUCCCAAAGUCCCCCUGGGUCCCGGUCGCCUUCUCAGCAUCAUCCCUAUCCAGGGUCACUCCCAGUGGGAGGAGAUCUCCAUGCGUCGGAUGGAGACCAUCAGCAAACUCAUUGCCAAAAGGGCCCACCAAGAGGUGGAUUACCUCUUCUGUCUCGAUGUGGAUAUGGUCUUCCGUAACCCAUGGGGCCCCGAGACUUUGGGGGAUCUAGUGGCUGCCAUUCACCCAGGCUAUUUUGCUGUAUCGCGCCAGCAAUUCCCUUAUGAACGCAGGCAAGUUUCCGCUGCCUUUGUGGCAUACAAUGAGGGGGACUUCUAUUACGGUGGGGCAGUCUUUGGGGGACGAGUGGCCAGGGUGUAUGAGUUUACCAGGGGCUGCCACACGGCCAUCCUGGCAGACAAAGCCAAUGGCAUCAUGGCAGCCUGGCAGGAGGAGAGCCACCUGAACCGCCGCUUCAUCUGGCACAAACCGUCUACGGUGCUGUCUCCAGAGUACCUCUGGGAUGACAGGAAGCCUCAGCCCCCAAGCCUGAAGCUGAUCCGAUUCUCCACAGUAGAUAAAGAUACCAGCUGGCUGAGGAGCUGACUGUGAAGCCGAGACCCCGCCCCGCCCUAAAGCCCUGUCAAACCCCACCCAUGCCUGGCCCAGCCCUGCCCACCUCAGUCUAAUCUGCAGUGUUGGGGCUCAAACCCCGGGCUAUGCACGUUGAAGGAAGUGCUCUGCCCCCGAGCCCCGGGCUGCUGCCUUGAAUCUGCACUUUAGCGUCCUCAUCCCAAGUCCCACGCUGCUCACCCAGCCACGUGCGUUCUUCACUCAGGGUCCCAGAGCUCACUCUGAAGCAGACCAGGCAUAGGUCCCUUCUGUCCACCUGUAUCCCAGGAUGUGCCUCACUCUCAGGGACUAGACGUUUCCUUGGUUACACUGUUUGUGGUAGCCUUCAAUAAAGAUCAGGGUUUUACCUGC